GAAUAGUAGUAAGUAUGUUGCCUUUAUUUCCCUGCUCAGAUGACACAAUAUGCACAAUAAACACAUGAUGUUUGUAGCACACUCGGUGGAUUGUUCAUGCUUCACAACUCACAAUUGACAUGUUAUUGAUAUUAGAUUGUGACACAUUGACACACGUUUUCAAUCACAUCGUGUUCUGUACUUAUUGCUUUGACGCAUUUGAUACUGGUCCUUCAGCGUUUAGUCUUAGUGAACUUUCAAAAUAUUUGCUUGUGUUUACUUGUGAUACCGCGUGAUUUACCCGCCUAACCACAGCUAUUGAUACUGUAUGACACGUAAUACGACGUUCCUUAAUUUGAAACCAAACACCAUUGACAAUACUACUACUCAAAUCUUGCAAUACUGGUAUACUAGUAUACAGUGCAAAUAAUAUCCACAUAUAUAGCUGGUCACUAUACUCGACUCGACUCGACUUAGGGCGGCUUCAACGUCCGAACAGAAAUAGUUUUUUCCAAAUCUGUCUAUCCAGCAUGAGUUUGUUUAUCUCCUUGCUGUCGUCAAGCCCCGUGUCUCUCCGAAGGAUGUCAAUAUAUAUAUAUAUACUGAACAGCUUAUAGCGUCCUUAUAUUUGGUCACGUACACGCUUAGGUUUCGUUUUGCUAAACACAACUCCCAUUUUAACCAAACUUAACUUAAUAUUUUCAAAUCUUACAUAAUAUAUAUAAGUACCUAAUUUAUCCAACUCAUUUGCGGCGAGACCUCCCAUAAUCGACCAGUUCACAAGCCUCUUUGCAGUGGAAUAUCAAUGGAAUAUUCAAAUAUUAUCUUUUAAGCCAGAUUUGGAUCAUUUUAGACGGCGGCCCCUCCCUCGCCGUAAGCCACUUUACCAUUGUGUAGAAAUUACACAAAUUUCAAACUCCAACCCUUUAAGCUAGCUUACAUAAUAUGUGAACAAUCCCAAACCGAUGUCGGCUCUUUAUAGUAGCAUGUGAGCGAUCAUUCGCAUAUUAUAACGAUCAUUUGCAUAUUAUAAGUGGACAGUUGUUGCAUCAUAUAGUCUCCCUUCAUCAUUUAUGAUGCAGGAAAACCUUGCGAUUCAUACUCUGUAGUUAUUCCUAUAGCUUUAUAGCACUUCUUACAGUAUUUUGGUUGAGAGUUAGGUGAUCCAGUUCUGGUCAUUCGUGUUUUUAGUUUAUUCCGUUGCUUGUGCUACCUCUACAAUCAUCAGUUUUAAAAUAGAUAGAAGUGGCGAACUUAUAGUCAGGAUUAAAAGUAAGGAGCUGAAAAAGACAAUCACCCGUUGACAUGGCAAGCGGCUCUUACGCGUACUCCAAGAAGUACGCUAAUAAGAAGAAGGAGAAAGCACCCGCAGAAGAUUCGAAGUCAGUUUCACAAGCGGUUCGUGCUGGCAAGCCGCGGGCUUUCGAAAUGACAGAUGCGCCUCACCUUUCAGAGGCACAGGUCACUGAAUUCAGAGAGGCAUUUGCUAUGUUCGACAAGGAUGGUGAUGGCAGCAUAUCAGUAGCAGAACUUGGUCACGUGAUGAGAUCGCUUGGUCAGAACCCCACCGACCACGAGUUAACGGAAAUGAUCAGAGAGGCGGACGACGACGACAACGGGUCAGUAGAUUUUGAAGAGUUCCUACUGUUGAUGAGCAAAAAGAUGUCAAUGUUGGAUAUCGAUCAGGAGUUAUUGGAGGCCUUCAGUGUGUUCGACAAAGACGGUAACGGAUUUAUAGACCAAGAUGAACUGACGAACGUUCUAGCAAGCCUGGGAGAAGAAUUGGACGAAGAGCAGGUGAAAGAAAUGAUGCGACAAGCAGACAAAGACGGAGACGGACUCGUCAGUUUUGAGGAGUUUAAGGACAUUAUGUGCAGUAAAGUUUAAACACGCAAUCCUCUCGUUACGUCACCAAAAUCUAACGUGACGUCACCAAAAUGUAGCGUGACGUCACCAAAAGUCUAAAGUUGCGUCACCAAAGAUCGUAUAUCCGAGUUUUCAGCUUGCACGAGAAGUACGGGAGAUAAACCAUUAGACUCCCUUGAACGUUUUAUCUUUGCAGUUGUUACACUCUUUCGCUUGUUACAGUAUAUAAGAUGGGAAGGUUACAUAAAGGUCAAAUAAUUAAUUAAUUAAUUAAUUUAAUUUGAUGACCCAAAAUAUUGCUCAUAUACUGGUUGCAUUCUUUUGUAACAUUUGUAAUUGUACAUUGCAAUAUUGUAUAAGUUGCAGUGCAUAUUUAUAUUGAACAUUCCAAGCUAAAAUAUUAAGGUGAGAUAUGUUAAAAUAUGGCAGUAUAAUUACUGGAGUGGAAUUUUUGGAUGUCUCAGUAAUUCUUACGAGUUUGAAAUUUGAAAAUGAACUUGGUAAGCAUUGUCACGUUUUAAUAAUAAGUUGUCUAUUCCAGUUCCACUGAUGAUGAUGGUUAAUAUCUGUAAACACGCGUUGCAUGAGGUUAAAAUUUUAUGCGGUUUGCAAUGACUAUUAGUAUGAUAUGUUUCAAUAUGUAUGGCAAAUUUUAUCAACAAUACUACAGAA